AUGUCAAUGCCGUCUGAUUUUCAGGACGUAAUGCGAAACUUGCUCCUACAAGGGCAGUUCUCUGACAUGGAGAUUAUUUGUCAAGGGAUCACUUUCAAACCUCACCGGGCUAUUGUUUGCACCCAGUCAAGCUACUUCAAUAGCGCAAUUUGUGGCGGUUUCAAGGAAACCAUUGCAAAAGCCAUCAAUCUCCCAGAAGAUAACCCAGGGACUAUUGUGUCUUGUCCUUCCUUUACCUUCGGGAAGCUCGCCACGCCUAAUCCAGAGGACAAAAUGAAGGACACAGAAGAUAAGAAAAUUGCUCUCAACAACAUGGAAGUAUUUAUCUCGGCUGAUAAAUUCGGAAUCAUUCCAUUGAAGUCCCUGGCUACCCAAAAUUUCUCUCGAUGGGCAACUGCAAAUUGGAACUCUCCAGUAUUUCCGGGUGUCGUUCGGGAAGUCAUGACCUCAGUGCCUUCACAUGAAUUAAGUCGUCGAGAAAGUAUUGUCGAAGUUCUCUCGGCGCACAUCUUUGAUCUUAUCGAAAGCCCAGAGAUGCUUGAUGUCUUGAACUCUUUUGGAUGCCUUGGGUCACUGAUCAUCGCGGCAUUAGUCCGGAAGGGACAGGUAAAUCAUCCCAACGAACAUGACAUUUUUCGAGGAUUAGUUCGGAAUCUCAACUCUCGUCACAAAUGCAGACAUUGUGCAACGUCUUUCAAUGUGAGGAUAGAAGGCGGGGAGUAUCUAAAGGGAGUUUUCCGCUGCGCUAGUUGUAAUUCACGACACUGA